AUGCUAACCUCUGCUGCAGAUCCUGACACUCCAAACUCAACCAUCUCCAGAGAGGCCAGCACCCAGUCUUCAUCAGCUGCCACCAGCCAAGGCUAUGUUUUACCAGAAGGCAGAAUCAUGCCGAACACUGUUUUCGUUGGUGGAAUUGAUGUUAGGAUGGAUGAAACCGAAAUUAAAAACUUCUUUGCUAAAUAUGGUUCAGUAAAAGAAGUGAAGAUAAUCACGGAUCGAAGUGGUGUGUCCAAAGGCUAUGGAUUUGUUUCAUUUUAUAAUGACGUGGAUGUGCAGAAGAUAGUAGAAUCACAGAUAAAUUUCCAUGGUAAAAAGCUGAAACUGGGCCCUGCAAUCAGGAAACAAACUUUAUGUGCUUAUCAUGUGCAGCCACGUCCUUUGGUUUUUAAUCCUCCUCCUCCACCACAGUUUCAGAGUGUCUGGAGUAAUCCACACACGGAAGCUUACAUGCAGCCUCCAACCAUGAUGAGUCCUAUUACUCAGUAUGUUCAGGCUUAUCCUCCUUAUCCAAGUUCACCAGUUCAGGUUAUCACUGGAUAUCAGCUGCCUGUUUAUAAUUAUCAGAUGCCACCACAGUGGCCUGUUGGGGAGCAAAGGAGUUAUGUUAUUUCUCCGACUUAUACAGCCGUUAACUACCACUGUAAUGAAGUUGAUCCAGGAGUUGAAGUUUUGCCAAGUGAAUGCUCAGUUCAUGAAGCUACUGCAUCCUCUGGAAAUGGCCCACAAAAGAAAUCUGUGGACCGAAGCAUACAGACAGUGGUAUCUUGUCUGUUUAAUCCAGAGAACAGAUUGAGAAGCUCCUUUGUUACUCAAGAAGAGUACUUCAAGGAUAAACGAGUUCAUCACUUCAGAAGAAGUCGGGCAGUGCUUAAGUCUGUUUGA